AUGAUCGCCCAGCGUGUCGGCAUCGCUGCCAUGCGCAGAACCGCCUUUAGCCAGAACAUGCCCCGUCUGGCCAUGGCUGCGCGCAUUUCCACCACCCAGGUUCGUCCCAUCGAGACCACCCACCUGUCGCCUCCCGAGGGCCAGGACAUCCUCGCCAAGCAGCGCCUGCAGCGUCCCAUCUCCCCCCAUCUUGGCAUCUACAAGCGCUCGCAGACCUGGUUCUCCGCCUCGGCCUGGACGCGUAUCACCGGCUGCACGCUCUCCGGCGCCGCCUACGCCUACUUCCUCACCUACCUGAUUGCGCCCCUCGCCGGCUUCCACGUCGAGUCGCAGAGCCUGGUCGCCGGCUUCGCCGCCCUGCCCUUUGCCGUCCAGGGCCUCGUCAAGAUCGGCCUCGGCUUCCCCUUUGUCUUCCACUUCAUCAACGGCAUGCGCCAUCUGAGCUACGACUUGCUCAAGGGCUUCGCCAAGAAGCAGAUCCGCGCCAGUGAGCGCACCAUUCUCGGCCUCAGCCUGCUCAGCACCCUCUACCUUGCCUUUGGCCUGUAA